CACACCGGCGGGGCGGCGUGCGCCGGCGUGACGCGGCUACGCGGGAUGGGCCGGGCCAGGGCCAAGGCCGAGGCGGCAGCGGCUGCGAGAGGCGGCGGUACGACGACGGUCCUUCAGCUCCGCCACCAUGAGCACCAAGCAGGUCACUUGCAGGUAUUUUAUGCAUGGUGUGUGUCGGGAAGGAAGUCAGUGCCUGUUCUCACAUGACUUGGCAAACAGCAAGCCGUCCACCAUCUGCAAGUACUACCAGAAGGGCUACUGUGCCUAUGGAACUCGGUGCAGAUAUGACCACACGAGGCCCUCUGCUGCAGCUGGAGGUGCUGUCGGCAUCAUGGCCCACAGUGUGCCCUCCCCAGCUUUCCACAAUCCUCACCCUCCUUCUGAGGUCACUGCGUCCAUUGUGAAAACUAACUCACAUGAACCCGGGAAGCGUGAAAAGAGAACGUUGGUUCUUAGAGACCGAAAUCUCUCUGGCAUGGCUGAAGGAAAGACUCAGCCGAGCAUGGUGAGUAAUCCAGGCAGCUGCAGCGACCCCCAACCCAGCCCCGAGAUGAAGCCGCAUUCCUACCUGGAUGCCAUCAGGAGUGGCCUUGAUGACGUGGAGGCCAGCAGCUCCUACAGCAACGAGCAGCAGCUGUGCCCCUACGCAGCUGCUGGGGAGUGCCGGUUUGGGGAUGCCUGUGUCUACCUGCAUGGGGAGGUGUGUGAAAUCUGUAGGCUGCGAGUCUUGCACCCCUUCGACCCAGAGCAGAGGAAGGCUCACGAAAAGAUCUGCAUGUUGACAUUCGAACAUGAGAUGGAAAAGGCCUUUGCCUUCCAGGCAAGCCAGGACAAAGUGUGCAGCAUCUGCAUGGAAGUGAUCCUGGAGAAAGCCUCUGCUUCCGAGAGGAGAUUUGGGAUUCUCUCCAACUGCAAUCACACAUACUGCUUGUCCUGCAUCCGGCAGUGGCGGUGUGCCAAACAGUUUGAAAACCCAAUCAUUAAGUCUUGUCCAGAAUGCCGUGUGAUAUCAGAGUUUGUAAUUCCAAGUGUGUAUUGGGUGGAAGAUCAGAAUAAAAAGAACGAGUUGAUUGAAGCUUUCAAACAGGGGAUGGGGAAAAAAGCCUGUAAAUACUUUGAGCAAGGCAAGGGGACCUGCCCAUUUGGAAGCAAAUGUCUUUAUCGCCAUGCUUACCCUGAUGGGCGGCUAGCAGAGCCUGAAAAACCUCGGAAGCAGCUCAGUUCUCAAGGCACUGUGAGGUUCUUUAAUUCAGUGCGGCUCUGGGAUUUCAUCGAGAACCGAGAAAGCCGGCAUGUCCCCAACAACGAAGAUGUCGACAUGACAGAGCUCGGGGACCUCUUCAUGCACCUUUCUGGAGUGGAGUCAUCAGAACCCUAAAGAGUAGAUGGUUGCCCUGCAUCUUGGGCUCCAUCGGCCAAAACUUUCCCAAGCCAGGGUGUGCAGAGCUUCCCUGUACUGCAGCCAAGGUGGUGUGUGGCUUGGAUUUGAGUGGAGUUGGGCUUAGCCUUAGUCUCAUUCACUCUCCAUUAUUACAGCCAUGGGGAAGAGUGAAGGAUAUAAAGUAACCUAAUAAGUGUAUGGAAUUGCUGUUUUUAUAGCUGAUACAGUUACACCUCAAGCCCCUCAGGGGUAACAACCACCCAGACUGUUUGUUUGGAUUGACUGCUUUAAAAAACAAACUUGGCUCUUAUCUUUGAUCUUUUCUUCCCCAGAAAUAGUAAACUUGCAGCUGCCCCUAAUGCAGCAUAUUUUUCUUACCAAAGGAUUCUUCAACCCUAUAAAAGGAUUCCUCUAUAGUGUAUUUCUCUAGUGCAUUUAGUGUGUGGUCAAAAUUUUGAUUUAUACAGAGCUUUCAAGAAUACACAAUGGAAAGUGAGUGCAGCAUAGCUGUUAACAUACAACUUUUUUCUAGGGCUUUAAGGGUGGUCGUUUUUUUCAAGUUCUCGCAAGUGUCCCAAAUCAGGGUAGCAAUCUUGUUGCCACAUGUGCAGCAAACAAAGUGGAAGUAUACAUCUUUUUCUCCCUUAGGGAGGCUCUUAAAGGAACAGGAGGUACAGUACUGGGUAGCAGUCUGGCCCUCCUGUCUGGUUGGUGCUGGGGCCUCCAGUCAGGGCCCUCCAGGGGAACCAAACCUCUGCUCUCACCUGUGGGUUCAUGCCCAUCAGGGUAAUAUAAUGUGUGGUUUGUACUCAAGCGAUCUAUUAUCUGCAAAGCCUGGCUUUGAUUUGAAAUUUUGUAAAAAUGUCAUGGCACCCAAGGUUUCUGAUUCUGACCCAGCAGUGGCCCUGAAGAGAGCUGAUGGCAUGUCUUGUAGUCAUUUUGCUUUUAAUUGAAGGGUGAGCACAGCCUUGUGAACUAGCACUGGCUUGUUCCAAGCUGGAAUUUAUCAUCUAUUUUUGUUUUUGUUUUUUAAAAGCUGUAGCUACCAAAUAUUUUAGAGAAUGCAUUACUUAACCUAUUAGCUGAGUUUAGAAUACUUUCUGCUUAAUUUUUAUACUUAACUCUUCAGUAAAGGGUUACAAAGAAUACAAAGGUUAAAUUACAAAUUCAUUCCCAGCCUAGGCUCUGGGCACAUUUCCUGUUCUUGAAUUCUGCUCCUGAAGAGGGUGAACAAAUGGGACGUUCAAAUUGUGAGCUCAGAAUUACUUUAAAAGGAGGUAACAGCCAUUACACCUAAAUUUAAUUUAUUUUAUUAAAAUAACAUAAAAUUGAGGGACCAUCAGAUAACUGUAUUUUGUCAGGUGCAAUAAAAACAAAAUUAAAACCCAAAUCAUCAAGAAAA